UUGAGGCAUAGUAUGGAUUUGACAUCAUCACAUCAUAAUCAUCUACAAAAUGAACUGAUAAGAGAAAGACAAGAAGGGGAAAAAGAAGACGAACAGAUAGUUGCAGAAAUCAUGAGAAGGCGUUUUUUUCCUGCUCUUAUAACUCAUAAGGCCUGGGAAGGCUUUCACUUUGCUGGUCAUGAGAUAAGAAUUACAGAAGCCACUGAUUGUUACGGGGCAGUCGUCUGGCCAUCGGCUCUCAUUCUGUGUUAUUUUUUGGAAACUAAUUCUAAACAAUACAAUUUGGUUGACAAAAAUGUGAUUGAAAUUGGAGCUGGAACUGGGUUAGUCUCCAUAGUAGCCAGUUUACUGGGUGCACUUGUGACUGCCACUGAUUUGCCAGAACUGCUGGGAAACCUUCAGCACAACGUUCUCCAAAAUACAAAAUUGAAAUGCAAGCACCAGCCUCGUGUUAAGGAAUUGUCUUGGGGAAUCGAUCUCGAAAAGAACUUUCCUAGGUCUUCCUGUCACUUUGACUAUAUUAUGGCUGCUGAUGUAGUUUACCACCAUCCCUUCCUGGAUGAACUCCUCCUAACUUUUGAUCACUUGUGCAAGAAUGACACUGUUAUUCUGUGGGCUAUGAAAUUUAGGCUGGACAAAGAGAACCAAUUUGUGGGCAGGUUUCAGUCACUGUUUGACUUGGAGGUGAUCUCUAAUUUCCCCAGUUUGAACAUAACCUUAUAUAAGGCAAUGAGGAAAGGCAGGAUGAAAACGAGACCCUCCAAACUGAUGGUCUGAAAGAGAGAUACAGGGAGGUGACAGCUUCAGCUGUUCUGCAGCUUGUUCUCUUUUUAAUAAUUUCCAUGUUAGUAGCUGCUAACACCUGCAUGAAUGACAUUUUUAGAGACAGCUAAAACAAAGCAUCAAAUUCCUAGUGCAUCCCUAAUGAAUUCCUAAAUUCAAUUUGCCGAUAGUUUUAUACACAGAAGAAAUGUAUCUUUGAUGUUUCCUUGACUUUCAUGUGCUAAGCUGACAACACUAAUAACUUUCACAAGUCUUACCAUUAUUGUUACAGGUUGUGUAAUGAAUAUUUCCAAUAGCUUUCAAUUGCAGCUUUGAAUGGUGUCUUAUAAGACCAACUAAUCAUUUAAAACUUAAGCCUAUGAUAAAUCUUUGUGUUUAGAAGUUGUGGUGUUAAAUCUGAUCUUUCCCCAUAGUCACUAUUGUGUAAUUCCUUCCUUUGAAUAGCCUUUAUAGGACAUUAAAUUAGCUGGGAAUAAAAACCCACCUGGGAAAUAUACUGUCAUAAUGAAGGGACAGAAUAUAUUAGUUACCCUUUGAUUUAAUGAUUAUGCUUUUUUUCCCCUUCCAUUUUUCAUUUAGAUCAGGGAUUCUUCAACAGACAGCCACACACAUGAGGCAAGAGGGAGUUAAAUGUUUUGUUGCUUGAACAAAGGUCUUGGAUAAGAAGAGUACAGCAUAUCACCAGCUGACCUUUGCAAAGACCUUGAAUUCUUGGAGGCCUGCUCCUCCAAAAAUAGACUGUUGUCUGGACCUCAGGAAACAACAAUGGGAGGAUGACAGUGGCUAUCAAGAGAGGAUCUUUGUACUGCCGGCUGGUGGUGUCUAGAGGCAGAAAACUAAACCAACCUGACACGUAGCUGAGGAAUGGGUAGGCUUAGGUUUUUGGUUGGUGGUUUGGUUUUUUUUUUUUUUUUUUUUGUAGUAUGGACAAACAAAAUACUUUUCUCCUAGUUGCUCAGUAUUGUGUUGUCAGUGCUCAGAUUAAUGUCCUUGAAAGCCUAUGAGAGAACUUUCUUUUGGGAAGAUUAAUAAAAUUAUUCUCUGCACACCCCA